AUGCCAACCCACGCUUUGUCAUUUGUCAGCUUUCAGCCAGUUCUGCCACCCCGCCAUGCUCGACAAACUGUUCAGAAGAGGGCGCGCCCACUUUCUUCCUGCAGCUACUUUGCCCAUAUCCCGCGCGCGUGUGCGACCCCACCGCCAUCACCACAACCAAAUGACACCUUACCCGACAUGAAAAUCCCGGGCACCCCCUGUUUCACAUCUCGCAUAAUGGCAUCACCAAUGCCGAGCGACCGACGCCACGUCUACUUGCAAGCAGCCGCGGCUGCCACAGCCAGCUAUUUGGCCGAUUUCCAGCCCGGCACCUCUGCUCCUGUGUCUCAAGUCACCCUGCUUGUUCCGCAACUUAACCCAGAACUGGACGUAUAUGACCGCCGCUUCUUACUCAGCCUGGCAUGGGCUGUGCUAGAUGUCACAGCUUUCUCAUGCCGUUUACGAAGUCGAGUCCUGAUUCAAGGAACCGGCGCUUUCGGUGCAGUUCCGCUCUCCGUUUCUGGCCUCCGAAGAAACUUCGACGCCGACUUGAACAUGUCCCAGGAAGCAUGGACUGAGAACAUCAUUCGUUCAGGGGCCCUGGAAAAUGUGGAUGACCUUGAUGACCAAGAUGAUAUUGUCAUCGUUGUGUCCCCCACAAAUGCAGUCUCAAUUCCGGUCAUCGAUAAUCUUACAGAUAUGGUCGCCAGGGCACGCGGAAGACCAGUGAUCCUACUCAACCCACGAUUGGCGGACGUUCCGAGUCACAGCGGCGUAAUGCAGGUAAGUGGACGUGCGGAACGGGUCCGCUUCUUGGAAAACAUAGACCACAUUUUUUAUUUGCGCUUGCUGUUUAGCGCAGGCAAAGUACGUAUUCUCCAAUAUCAAGACAAACUCUGUCGACGGCAUUCCUACCACCGUUGCAUUGCCACUGACUUUUUGCCUGACGACUUCCCUCUGUGUAUUGCAUUUUCCGCAACAGUCGUACCCUCUUCGCGGAAUCUUACAUCGUGCGUACCCCGGGCAAUGGCAGGUCUGGCGUUCUGA